UCCGGCGCUUGCUUGAUGGAAUGCCGCCACCUGCUCACGAGCUCCUCUUCUCUCCCUCCGGUUGCGCGGGCGAUCUAUAGAACUAGAUGUUGCUCGAGCCAUGGCCGGAUCGCUGCUUCCGCCCUCCGUGCAUGGUCCCGGCGGAAGCCGCCGGAAAUCCUCCUCCACCCUCGCCGCCCCAAGCAGCCGCCUGACAUGGGAAUACCACGAAUGCCCUUGGAUAUGGUGGGGGGAUACCGCCAACUUCUUGACGAGGAGAAGCCCGCGGCUGACGGCGACGACGGUUCGGAGUGGAGUGCCCUAGAAUUGGAGGCAAUUUCCGCCCUCUUUGACCGGCCGAUGGCACAGAAGCCGGUUAAGAGCGUUGUAAAGCGGCCCCUGCCACUCCCGACGCCCCACAAGGGGCGUCCCCCGGGGUUUCCUUCCCCGAAGCGCCACGUUCGCUCCGCCUCAGGUUCCUCACUUGCGCCGCGGUGUUCCUUCGCCGACCGGGUUCGCAAGAACCCGGAAGCCCUAAUCGGCAUCGCGCGCGAGAUCGCGGCGCUUCCCGCCGACAGCGACGCCUGCGAGGUGCUCGACCGGUGGCGGAGGUUCCUCCGCAAAGGGUCCCUGUCGAUGACGGUCCGAGAGCUGGGUCACAUGGGCCUCCCCGAUCGAGCGCUGCAGACUUUGUGCUGGGUUCAGAAGGAGCCCUCGCUGUUCCCCGACGACCGCACUCUCGCCUCGGCGGUGGAAGUGUUGGCCAGGUGCGGUCAGCUCAGGAUCGAAGCGGACUUGUCCAGAUACUUGAACUCCGCCAGCCGACCCGUCAUCGAAGCCAUGGCCAGGGGGUUCCUCAAAGCAGGGCGCCUGAGCCGAGCCCGCAAGAUUCUGCUUUUCGCCAAGGACAACCACCGAACUCUCGAUCCCGGUAUCUACGCGAAGCUCAUUUCCGAGGCCGGCAAGACUCCUGAUGGCUACAGGCUGGCAGCAGCCGUGCUGGACGAGCUUGGUGAGAGGGAGGACUUCGACCUGGAGCCGCAGGAUUGCACGGCUGUGAUGAAGGUCUGCAUUAAGCUCGAGAGGUUUGAAGCCCUGGAGAACCUGUUCCACUGGUACAAGCUCAGCAGAAGACACCCCACUGUGGUGAUGUACACUACGGUCAUCCACAGCAAGUACUGCGAGAAGAAGUUCCGCGAAGCACUAGCUUUGGUGUGGGAGAUGGAGAGUUCCGGGUGCCCCUUUGAUCUCCCGGCUUAUCGUGUCGUGAUUAGGCUAGUGGUUGCUCUAAAUGAUCUAGGGAGAGCGACUCGGUACUUCUCCAAGUUGAAGGACGCUGGAUUCUCUCCAACGUGCGACAUCUACCAUGAUAUGAUCACUGUUAAUGCAGCUUCGGGUAGAUUGGCAAAGUGCAGGCAGUUGCGUAAAGAAGCAGAGAUGGCUGGACUGAGGUUGGAUGGAAAGACAUUGUCCAUGCUUUCUGAGCUAGAGUCAAAAGCUUUUUCAAAAGGUUAGAAAACUUCUUCCUGCUUGUGUUGUUGUAUUGUUCUCUCUGUUUCAACAUUCCUUUGUAGUUGUUCAUAAAUAAAGAAAAGUUCUUUCACAUUACAAGAAUAUUUCACAUUAGAUGGCAUGCAAAACUUGUUCCUGCUACUGCACAAACUGUCUAAAGUCCACAAAUUGAUUAUAAUUCAUUGUUUAUCUAC